UUUCUUCUACCUCUCAACGCUCUCAUAAAAAAGUACUCGUGUCUCACCCGUGCCAGCCACUCGCAUUUCUCAGAUCUUUUUAUUAUCCUCUCCUCGGAAAAAGCUAAGAUGACGAAGAACUACCCAACCGUGAGCGAAGAUUACCUUAAGGCUAUUGAGAAGUGCAAGAGGAAGCUGAGAGGCAUGAUCGCUGAGAAGAACUGUGCACCCAUCAUGGUCCGACUCGCGUGGCACUCUGCUGGUACAUUCGAUUGCGCCUCAAGGACUGGUGGUCCCUUUGGAACAAUGAGGUUCGAUGCUGAGCAAGCUCAUGGUGCCAACAGUGGUAUCCACAUUGCUCUUAGGUUGUUGGAACCCAUCAGGGAGCAAUUCCCAACCAUCUCUUUUGCUGAUUUCCAUCAGCUUGCUGGUGUUGUGGCCGUUGAAGUUACUGGUGGCCCUGAUGUUCCUUUCCACCCUGGAAGAGAGGACAAGCCCCAGCCACCUCCAGAGGGUCGUCUUCCUGAUGCAACUAAGGGUUGUGACCACUUGAGAGAUGUCUUUAGUAAGCAGAUGGGAUUAUCUGACAAGGACAUUGUCGCUUUAUCUGGUGCCCACACUCUGGGAAGAUGCCACAAGGAUAGGUCUGGCUUCGAAGGUGCCUGGACUUCAAACCCUCUAAUUUUCGACAACUCUUACUUCAAGGAACUCUUGAGCGGAGAGAAGGAAGGGCUUCUUCAGCUUGUCUCUGACAAGGCACUAUUGGACGACCCUGUUUUCCGUCCUUUAGUCGAGAAAUACGCUGCUGAUGAAGAUGCCUUCUUCGCUGAUUACGCUGAGGCCCACAUGAAGCUUUCUGAGCUUGGGUUUGCUGAUGCUUAAGGUGGUGGCGUACGUGUGUCUGUGUCUCCGAGACUAAUGGCUGUUUUUGGUUGGGGGCCGGAGGGGUCGCAUUACGUUUGAACUUUGUCAUAUGAUUGCUUAAUGUACUCUCGGAUUUGCGUAUCUUGUUUUUUCGAUGGGUUGUGAUUUGACACAUCCGUUGCGCUUUUGCUGGUUAGACAUUUAUAAUAAAAUUAACUUCUCUCAUA